AUGAUGAUGAGAAGAAGAUCCCCUUUCUGCUUGGACAUCUUCUCCUUUUAUAGUUCUCCUGCGAGUGCUUGUAUCUCGCCUGCUUCCAUAAUCUUCGGGAUCUCCUGCUGCACGUGCUCCGGAUUUAGUGGAAUCUCCACCGAGCAACUAACUCCGGAUUUCUCGGGACUACGCCGAACGACCUUGACUGUCCUGAACGAUACCUCUUACGUACGAUCGAGCAAUCUUGACUUCGAACUUAGCUACAACGGGAUUUCCGUCGUUGCCGGAGCGAGAUCGUCGGGGAAAGUUGUUCCUCUGCCCUGGAAGAGGUUAGAGGUGUUGACUCGCUACGCGUAG